GGCGGCCCGCUCCCUCCUCCCUCUUUCCCUCCACGGAGCCGCCGGGUGGUUCCGGGCUCAGGUCCGGGCGCGGAGGCGGGGCGGGCUUACGCGCCUUCGGGCGGGCUGAGGAGUCUCUGCCCCUUCCUUAAGCGACAACUUUUUGAGCAAACCACAAGGCGGGAGGAGGGGUUUGUCCCGCGGAGAGAGAGGAGGAGGAGGAGGAAGUAAGUGAGGGGAGUGCCGAGGCCGGAGGGGCAGGGGGCUGCUCCGUGCCUCCGCUGCUGUCCAGCUCCUCCGCGCUUCUCCUGGAGUCUGCCGGGCCCACCACGGAGGGGCUGCCUGCAAACUCUGCCGGCGGCCCGAGCCCGAGGCUGGGAGUGCCUGCAGCCCCCUCCGCCCCGGAGGCGCGGGGAGAGCCGGCAGGAGUUCACGGACCCCCUCUCUGCUAGGAGCUGCUUUUAGCUACCUACAAUGAGGGUCCGUUUGACGAGAAGAUGGACGUGGGUCCGCAAAAGCUGCGUGUUCCUCGGCUUCUUGAUGAUCGCUUACUUUGUGGUCGAGCUGUCUGUUUCUUCCUUCGGUGCCUCCCUCGCCGGCGAGAGCAUCACUAAAGGGAAAUGGGAGAGGCGCUUUUCUGACAGAGCAGAAGAARCUGUCGAUUUGGCUCGUCCAGUUUAUGACAAACCCCCACCCGAUCCUUAUGCCCCAGGAGAAUGGGGUAAACCCUCUCGCCCACAGCUGAGUCCUGAGGAAAAGAAACAGGAAGAAGACCUGAUUGAGAAGUAUGCAAUAAAUAUUUAUUUAAGUGAUAAAAUCUCUCUUCACCGGCACAUUGAGGAUAACCGACUGAGUGGUUGUAAAACUAAAUCUUACAAUUACAGAAGACUGCCCACAACAUCUGUUAUAAUUGCUUUCUACAAUGAAGCCUGGUCAACUUUGCUGCGGACGAUACAUAGUGUUCUUGAAACAUCACCUUCAGUGCUUCUGAAAGAAAUUAUACUGGUGGAUGACCUGAGUGAUAAAGUGUAUUUGAAGGCUGAACUUGAAAAAUACAUAAGCAGCCUGAAAAGAGUUCGCUUGAUAAGAACCAACAAACGAGAAGGAUUGGUUCGUGCACGCUUGAUUGGCGCUACCUUUGCUACCGGUGACGUCCUCACAUUCCUAGACUGUCACUGUGAAUGUGUCUCUGGCUGGCUGGAACCACUGCUGGAGAGGAUUGCUGAGAAUGAGACUGUUAUUGUUUGUCCUGUCAUUGACACCAUUGACUGGAAAACUUUUGAAUAUUACAUGCAAACGGCAGAGCCCAUGAUUGGGGGGUUUGACUGGCGGCUGACAUUCCAGUGGCACUCAGUGCCUAAACAUGAACGUCUCAGGCGCAAAUCUGAAACUGACCCAAUCAGAUCCCCAACUAUGGCUGGUGGCUUGUUUGCUGUCAGCAAGAAGUAUUUUGAGUACCUGGGAACCUAUGAUACAGGAAUGGAUGUUUGGGGAGGGGAGAACUUGGAAUUAUCAUUUAGGGUUUGGCAGUGUGGAGGCAUGUUGGAAAUUCAUCCGUGCUCCCAUGUGGGCCAUGUGUUUCCAAAGCGUGCACCCUAUGCUAGACCAAAUUUCCUUCAGAACACGGCACGGGCUGCUGAAGUGUGGAUGGAUGAGUUUAAAGAUCACUUCUACAACAGAAAUCCUUCGGCAAGAAAAGAAAAUUAUGGAGAUAUUUCUGAAAGAAAGAUACUUAGAGAGCGUUUGAAAUGCAAGAGUUUUCACUGGUAUUUAAAAAAUGUGUUUGCUGAGUUGCAUGUGCCAGAAGAUCGUCCUGGCUGGCAUGGUGCUAUCCGCAGCACAGGAAUACCUUCAGAGUGCCUUGACUAUGUCUUACAAGAACAUAAUCCUACUGGGUCUCACCUUUCUCUCUUUGGCUGUCAUGGUCAGGGAGGCAACCAAUUUUUUGAAUAUACAUCAAAUCAGGAGAUUAGAUUUAACUCGGUAACUGAACUAUGUGCUGAAGUCCCUGAGCGUGAAGAUUUCAUAGGUAUGAGAAGCUGCCCAAAAGAUGGAUCUCCUAUCCCAGAAAUUAUUAUCUGGCACUUCAAAGAAGAUGGGACUAUUUAUCAUCCACAUUCAGGGAAGUGCCUUACUGCUUAUCGUACAACUGAGGGGCAUGCUGAUGUGCAAAUGAGAACUUGUAAUGCUGGAGACAAAAAUCAGAUUUGGAAAUUUGAGAAAUAAUCACUGCUGGUAGAAUGAAUCAAAUGGACUGUAAUCUCUAAGGUUUUUACACGCGUGAGCAGAUAGCAAUGAGUGAUUGAAUAUCUUGGAAUGUUUUCAGAUGUGUAUGUAGAGGUGUAGAAAAUGUAUACUAUGAURAACGGUAUGGAAAGCAAAAGUGAAUGGUGGGGUUUGGUUUCUAAAGCAUGGAUUAGAACAUCUCAUGCCUUUUAUUUUUGUAAAAUUUUGAUCUGUUAUUACUUUGUCUUGAUUAUGGUAAAAAAAAAGUCUUCUGAGUGGAUUGAGGAGGAAUUUUUUUCAUUUUAGAAUUAUGCAAUAAUCCUGCAAGAUAACGUUACGUGAAAAUAAAGAAUUUUUACUUACAGAAGUAAAAGUUAAGGUUCUUGCAAUGGUAUUAGCUGACCUAUGUUGCAGAUACAUUAAAAAUAUGUGUCUAACACCCUAACUAAUGCUGCAGUAGCAUGUGAUUGAACGGACAUUGAUGUGGAAAGUCGAAUCUAAGCCUUGUAAUAUUCUGCGUUUUCUAGGAUUGUACAUGCUUCUUAAGGGUACUAUAUUAUAUAGAAGAACAGGAAGUUUAUUUAGUAGGAGGGCUUUGGCACUGCUUUGUACCUAUUGUAAAAAUCUUUCCCCAUGGGGGUUAGUCAGGAGCUCUCAGGCAUUUGGAGAAGAGUGUGGUAGCAGUGGAACCAAGGAAAUGCUGGUGAUAUCACAAAUGGAAGAAAUAGGGAUGACUACAAGUAAGAAUUCUGUUUAAAGGUAGUGGAGAAGGAAAAGAACCACAAAAUUGCAUUAGGUACUUCUGUUUCUUAGCUAUAUGUUUAGUGUAUGCAUUGCCUCUGUGUAAGCUUUUCCAUAUCCCCACAUCCUAAGGACACAAAAGUUAUCUGAUCUAGACCAUGUUUAGUUUUUUGGUUUUGUUUUUGUGNUUUUUUUUUUUUUUUUUUUUUUUCAUUUGGUCUGUCAGUAGGGUAGAGGAAGGUAACACAGAGAACACUUGAGCUGUUUUAUUUUACAUUUUGUGUUUUGGCAAUAACUGGCAUGGAUCAGCCCUAGGUAGAGUUUUGAAAUAGCAUAAGCUGUAUUACUUGACUUUGUAGUCAAAACAGUACCAUGGGAGAUCUUGGGUAAGGUUGGGAAGCUGAAGCUCCUGACAUUAGGGGAGUUGAAAAGGCAAAGGGCAGCUUGGAGAAAACAAACAUUUGUUGGUUUUUCACAGAAUUACUUAUUUAGAAUGUUUUCUGUUAUGCUGAGUUUUGAAGAAUACCAGUUCUUGAAUCAUGUCACUACUCUGUUUUGGUUGUGAUUAUAGAUGGUAGAUCUUAGUAUCUGUAUUUUAGCUUCAUAUGAUUUAAGUUGAACACUUUUCUCAAUGUUUUGGGCAUUCCAGCUCUUUUUAUUGCUUUUGCUGAAGUGAUGAAUGUUCUUCAGUAGCCACAGUGUAGUAAGUCUUGACUUGGGRCUGGUAGGCAGAAACUUAAGCUAGUGAGCAAUAAGAAUCUGGAUUCUUGAGGAAUGUAGUAGAUGAGCAUUUGCUAUGGCUAUUAGUAGGUAGAAGGGUUAAAAAGGGACAAGUGAGACCUGAUAUAGAAAAGUUUUGUCAAGAAUAAAGAGUAAGUUAGAACAUAUUGGUAAAUCUUAGGUAAAUCAAGCCUAGAUCUUAGGCUUGAAAGCUUUGACAGGUUUGGGUGGCAGCAGGCUAAGAYAGUAAAUGAACAGAAGAAGAAAAUUUGGAGCUUGGAAUGUAGCACCGAAACAUGCUAAAAAUGCUUGCCACUGUGUGGCAUGGGUUCUUUCAAGUCUUUAAUUUAUUUUUAGACAGUUACUUCACUUAGAUUUUUUUUUCUUUUUUUUAUCUUUCUUUUUUUUCCCUAAGUUUUUUUUUUUGUUGUUUUUAUUUGUUUGUUUUGAAAGAAAAAGAAAGAAACUUUUUACUGCAUAAGGGAAACAUUCCUGAAAAAUUCCAUUCCACUUUGCAGCACCAAUUCUUUCGUGGACCUGCAAGUUAUGAACCAUUUAUCAAAUUUUAAAAGGGAACCAGUCAUUAUGUACUGGGGCAAUAAAUUAUAUAAAGUAUGUGCUUUUAUGAAAAGCUUACUUUAGAAUGUAGCUUCUAUUACAUUCAAUAGAAAUGACAGGAAAAAAGCCUGGGUUCUCCAAUAUGGCAGAUCAUAAAUUGUAUGUGCAAUGCAUGUUUCUUCAGAAAGUAAUUAAGUGGUAUGAAUAUAAACUAUGCAAUUUUUAUACAGUUGAUUUUUUUAGCACUUGGCAAAAAAAUACUUUUCAUUUUAAAAAUACCUUCAAGUUAAAUGUGACAUUCAAAGUGUUCCUUAUCUAUUUAAGCAGUAAUUCCAAGUGAAUCUGCCUCUCAGUUUGAAAAGUUAUUCUCUAUGUAUCUGAAGCUUUCCUCCUCCCYGUGACCUCCCUUUCUAUUUUUGGAAUGAUUUAUAAACAAACUGGGAAGAACAAAAAAAACAAAUUGAAGUAACCUGGCCCUAAAAAAAAAUUACAAUUCCCAAUGGGAAUAAAAAACAUGUGAAUAAAAGGAGGAAGAACUAGAGAAAGAAGGAAGGAAAAAACAAACAAGCAAACAACACCUUGCCAUUUCAAUAUUCCUAUCCAAUUAUUUUUCAGUAUGCACAGAUUUCUGGAAAAUUUGAAACUCCGAAUGGUUUUCUGUUCUGUUAGACUUUGAAGAUUGUAUAUAUUUGAAACUACUGAUUCWAAGUGACUUAAAAGAAAUUGAAUGUAAACUUAACACUGAAUAAAUAUGGAGGGCUUUGGGAUUUCUUUUGAAAAAAUAAAAUCCAGAAAAUUGAAUGGUGGCUAUUGUGCUGAGUCUUCUCAGUUUUUUUCCUCUUGUGUACAUACAUACAGAAUGCAAUAAAAAUUGCCAUGAGCUUGAACUUAUGGGAGUCAUUAAAAACUUUCUGUGUUUUAUCCACUGUGCUUAGAAUUCCAGAGUAGGUUUCUUGACAGAGGUUCAAUUAAUAAUUAGUUUUCUCC